AUGGUCCGAGUUUCCAAGAUACUCCUGGGAAUUGCUACCAUGGUCAUGGCCAGCGCCGUACCCACCAACCUCGCCGACCAAGUGCCCGCAUUCGAAGUCCCCAACUUCGACUACCAAACGCUUUCGACCGGAAACACGCCCAACGACGUACUCACCGCACUCAAGAAGGACGGCAUCAUCAGCUUCACCAACGUACCGUCCUAUGCUCAAGUGCGUCGCUCCUACCUCGACUCGGCCGCUGCCUGUGCCGUGUCCGCGCAAGAGGCCAACGCUGAGUUCCUGCUGUCCAAGACGCUCACGGACGGUACGAAUCGCUACACCAUCAGUACGCCGUCCGGACAGGAUGCCAACGCCACUGCCACCACGACAGACGCCGCGUGUCCGGGUUACAAGACCAUCUACGAUGAGUUCUCUUCACUGCUGGAAUUGGUUGUGCUGAAUGUUGCCACGACGCUCGAUGCCACCAGCUUCACCACGAAGGACGGCUACGGCCAGACCGUCUCGAGUCGCAAGCUCAUGACGGAUGCCGUGCGUCUAGACCAUUUCCACGCGUACGAGACACCGUCUCUGCAUGAGCGUAGACUCAUGAGCGCGGACUCCGGCACCAAGGUGUCGACGUCUUCCAAGGACGAAUUCCCGCUCGAGUUGCACGAGGACGACGGCAUGUUUAUCGUGUUCGCCACGCCCGCCUUCUACAAGGUGAACACCAACGCCGCCAACGGUGCGCUCGAGUCUGUUUCGGCCGGCGGUUCGGACGACUCGGAGUCGGGUCUCAUCAUCCAGCGCCGCGAUGGUCAGCGCGUGCGUCCAAUUCUCAAACCCGACCAAGUGACACUCAUGGUGGGCACGGGUUACAACCGCUGGGUGGGCACGUCGGAGCAGCUCCCGGCCGUGAUGCACGGUAUGCGUAUGCCCGAGGUGAAGACGACGGAGACGCAGCGUUUGCUGCGCGCAUGGUUCGGCAAGAUGACGCUACUGCCGUCGUACCAGCGCAUGCUGAAGCAAAUGGACUUCGGCGUGCACGCGAACACGACGGCGCAGUACGUGCAGCAGGGGUAUCAGUCGGACCACCAGUUGCUGGGCUGCGCUCCUGGUCGCCACCUGCUCGCAUCUGCUGACUCUGAGUGCAGCUUCAACGCUUGUACAGUCAAGUCGGGUGCCACAGCACCAUCCGAGGGAUGCUCGGUAGUGUGCAAUCGCAAUCAUGCUACCGAUGCUGCUGACUGCUCUAAGAGUUGUUCAUGCACAGUGAGCACGCACAGCGCCACUACAUGCUGGAUGCUCUGCGUGUUGGAUCUGGAUUCGUGCAGCCUCGACCAGCAGUCGUGCUCUGGUCAGGCCAAGGUGUGUGACUCGUCUUCGGUCCCAGCUCCUGCACCUGCACCUGCACCUGCACCAGCUCCGGCACCAGCUCCGGCACCAGCUCCGGCGCCUGCACCGGCUCCAGAACCGGCGCCUGCUCCACCAGCCCCCACGUCUGCCCCGACUCCGACAACUACGUCUCCGUCUUUGCCUUCGACCCCCACAACACCGCCGUCAGACACAUCGACGCCCUCGCCCCCCUCGACGACCCCAUCCACUCCAUCAUCGGACGACACCACCCAAACUGGAGCUAGCGAGGAGCGCGACGCGUCCUCUGGUGCGACGACAACAGCCCCCGUUUCAGCGACUGGGUCCUCUUCGUCAAGCACACCUGCGCCCACGACACCUGCGCCCGCCAGUGAGCACGGCGUUUGCUAG